AUUCUUAUUCAGUUUUGAGCCUCGUAAUUCCUAUCCGUCUCCGCCUUCUUUCUCCCUCCCUCGCGCUCCUCUCCCCUUCCCUCGCCUGGGAGUCGCCACCGCUCCGCCCGCCGCCGCCGCCUCCUCCGCCGCAGCCGGCCGACCUACCGAUCGGAGACCUCCUCCCUCCGUCCCUCCGCCGAUCAGUCUCUCUCGCAGGUAUUUCUUUUAGAAAUGUCUCCAGCAUCCAAAUCCAAGUCCAAGGACAAGAAGUCUGGGAAGGAACCGAUAAAGGCUGUUUCCAAGCCCUCUGGACCUGCAUCUGGGGGUUCUGGAGUCCCUGCCAGUGCGUACAACCCUGUUUUAGGAACAUUCCACUCUCUUGAAACAGUGUCAAGUUCAUCUUCUUCACCUCUUCAAGCUAAUGGUCGUUUCAGGACUAUUGAUGAGACAGAUGAGCAGACUGGCUCGCUUGCUGCGGGGGUCGAAUUUGAUUCUGUCUCCAACAAUGGCAGCUGGUCUGGUGAGUCGGAAGACCAUAAGGAGAACAAGUCUAAUCUUCCUGGUCGACAGGAGUCUGUCCCAGGAGCUGAAAAUGACAAAAGAGAGAAAAUCCGCCAAAAGAAUGAGAAGAAGCAUCAGCGUCAGAAAGAGAAACGAGCUCAGGAAUUGCAUGAGCGAUGCAGUGGCUAUCUUAUGUCGAGAAAGCUUGAAGCACUUGCUCAGCAGCUCGUGGCAAUGGGCUUUUCUCGUGAACGGGCAACCAUGGCUCUUAUAAUGAAUGAAGGCAGAGUAGAAGAAUCAGUUGCGUGGUUGUUUGAAGGGGGUGAGGAGGCUGAUAAUCGGACGGAUAACAAAUUUAGUGGGACUAACUUGAAAAUUGAUAUAACGGAAGAGCUUGCUCAGAUUACAAGUAUGGUAUCCAAGUUUAAAUGCUCGAAACAGGAGGUGGAGAGAGCUGUCGUCUCGUGUGAGGGUGACCUUGAGAAGGCAGCAGAAUCGUUGAGAACUCAGAAGCUAGAACUAUCUUCUGCUCCUUCUAAACCAGGAGAAACUGGAGAUCCUUCUAGUUUAAGUAAUGGCAAGCUUUCAGCUACUGUUGCCAUGAACUCUGGGAUGUCCCAGCAUAAACAAAAUUUGUCUUUGUCAGCCCAGCUGAGAAGAGAUGAAAGAGACUAUAAUUACACAAGAAGUGCGGGAAAUGCAAGUGGUUAUUUGGAGUCUGUGCCGAAGAAUGUGCAGUCUGUGAAGAGAAAUCAGCAGAAACCCCAACACUCUGCAAUGCCGACCGAGAAGAGUCGACCUGGUGCUGGAUCCAGUUCUAUAGCAACGGCUGUUCAGGUGUCGCCUUCACCAGCAAAAGGAGAGACCCGUUAUAUUGCUGUUGGAGGUGAAUUGAAACAUCUUUCUUUAGGAACAGUCCGGGAGCCAGUUGUCAUGAUGCAGCGACCGCAAUCAGCUAAGCAGGUUCCUGCUAUAAAUGUUGGCUCGCCCCCUGGAACAGGUGCAGGUUGGCAUCCUUCUAAUGGCAUUGACAUUAGGAAGUCAGGUGCAUUGCUGCCUCAAAUUCCUAGCAGUAGAAGCCUCAGCGCGGGCAAUCUGAGUUCAGGUCAGAUGCAUCCCCAAUUUUAUUAUCAACAACAAUUGGGUCUUGGAAACAGUUCACUGGAGUCACCAGGGACAAGUCGAGCUAUGGGUUUUCAACAGCAUCAACAAUUCAUACAAGGUGGUGGUUUGGGAGAUAUUCCUGGGACAACCCGAGGUAAUGGUUCGUGGAGUAGAACAAGCGCACCUCCUACAAUAGCGGCUGCUUCUUCCCUGGGUCUGUUUUCUGGAUUGGGUUCUUCUGGUUAUUCAGGGGCUGCUUCUCCAGUAGACUGGAGCAACAGUUCAGUGGGGCAGCAGUUUGAUUACACCAACGUCGACUGGUCGUUGGAUCGGGGUUUGUCUUCCCCAAGAUCCACCAAGUGGUUGAUGGGGUUGACCUCUUUAAUGAAGAACAAGGCAACCAUGUUUGAUCCGGAUGUUCCUACAUCAGGUUUAAACCUUGGCCUGAGACCUCCUCCCCCCAAUGUGAAUGGCGUCUCUUUCAUGGGACUUCGUGAUGCACCAGGAGCGACUACAGACACAUCUGCUCCGGGUUCUCGGGAGUGGACGUCUCCUUUUGAAGGAAAGGAUCUUUUUAGCUUGCCUAGAGAGUUCGUCUCUUCCCCUUCUCUGUAGGCCUCAGAUAGCAUUUCAGCAAGCAACAAAUAAAAUGGAAAGAAUGCAUUUGGAUUUCGUAUGUGUUAAAUCUUGUUGCAUGACCUUUUUAUGAAAAAUGCAUUGCAGUA